GGAAAUAUAAUUUGCGGUUUGUUGCCCGCCCCUUUUCUAUCAUGUGAGCUGAUGGGUUGUUUUCGUUUUAGUUCUGUCAUUUCCUUCUCAAAAACGCCAAACAUUCAAAUACAAUGGAACCAAAGGAUGGGACGCUUUAUGCAGUACGUACAAAUAAUCUGUUUAUAAUGUCGACAGUUUGUACGUUUACUGAAGUGAAGUUAUUAUCAUGAAGCGUGUGGCUCGUUAGCUAGUUGGUAAGAUGAACGACAGUGCUGCUGUCAUGAAGACAGUUUCCUUGUACAGAUAAGUAAGACUUUAUCUGUCAGCAGGUCUCAUACAAGGUCAUAAAAGUUUUCAUUUGUGAACGUUAAUCCCGAAGUUGACAAAUGGCUGAAACUGAUUUAUUUACAAGUGAGGUGUUGUUGCAUAUGCAGGCAUGCUCCUUCAGCCUCUCUUUUUCUGUUUAUAGGUGAAUGACAAACUGUUUAUUGAUUAGUAAAUUUGUAUUUGUGCCUUAAUGUCUUCUUUUUACAGUAGAGCAGAAAGCAAAAACGCCUCCUUGUUUUAGUGAAUUUUGUUCAACUCAAACCUGCAGUGAGAUCAUGACUUUGCAGUCCAGUGAUAUUCAGUCUCAUACAGUGACCUCUGUGUUUACAUCUCAUUUCUUUAAAAGCUCAUAACUGCUGCCAUCCCCAGAGCAGAUGUUCAGGUCUAACCCUACCUUUACCUCUGCUUACCUCAGGUUAGGGCUGGGCGAUAUGGGAAAAAGUUUAUCACAAUAUUUUUUUUCUUAUAUCAGUCGAUAUCGAUAUAUUUCACGAUACAAAAUUGAAACUUACGGGCUUCUUGGAAGCAUGUCCCUUGCAGUGCAAUAAGCUGCUGCAUCUGUGAGGUCUUUGUGUCUCUUCGAUGUUUGUCGUAAGGCGUUUCACUAGAGAAAGAGGACUGAAUGGUCGUCUGUUUCGGCUGCACAGGCGCCAUAGGCUCCUUGCUCCACUUGGGGUUUGUAACCUUUUGCGUGCUCUGGCGUGUGGCACUGCUUCAGGUGGUGAAAAAGAUUUGAGGUAUUCCCAGUCUUUACAAGAACAUGUACUCAACAUAAUUUGCAGUGCACAUUACUCUGCUUCAUGUCCGACCUCAAAAAAACCAAAAUACCUCCACACCACCGACAUUUUCAAUGCAAAGUGGAUCCGGAGCAACUCCUCUUUUCAUUGGCUAUGACGAGUAGAGUCUACCAAAACAUGGCAGAAUGCCGCCUAUCGCAAAGCAUAAUGACUUAAUUGCUUAACCGUUUUAUCGCCCUACCCUACUUCAGGUUAAACCAGUUUAUGAUUCAUAUAGAGAGGCUCAUUCAAAAUAGUAAUCUGUUGUUUCUUUCAGCCUGCAGGCCCCUCCGUAGACAUAACACGGAGCCUUGAUGAAGACUCGAUGGUGGACGGACCUCUGAUCUCUGCUGACGCUCUCCAUUCUGCCAUCAGGAGAGAGUUUCAGACUGUGCCCACAACCUACCAUGCCGGCCUCCUCUCUUUACUGCAUGUAUGAUCUGCACACACUCAUAUAGACUGUGGUUAUUUAAACUGUAGCAAUGAUAAAAAGCAGAUACUUGAAUUUUAAAUAGAUUUAUAAAACAGUUGUUGGAAAUCAAAUCAAACCAAAACAUCAUUUGGGUGAGAUAAAUCUUAUUUGAUAUCGAUGUUUAUACGAGAUUGACUGUCUUUAUAAUCACAUCUAUUGAUUUUCAAAGUACUUCUACACAUAUGACUGCCUCACACCCUCUUAUCUCUUUUUUUGUUUGUUCCAGGUUGUGUAUGUAGUGUUGUCAGUGUGUCUAGCAGUGCUCUGUGCGUUGAAAGUUGGUCAAGAGGAAGUGUGUGCAAGUAUUUUAGGUAAAGUGUCAGGGGACAGCGUCAUUGUGUUUGGGAAGGUGGGUUUAUGGGCACUGGUGCUGUUGUUCACCGCGUGUGUGCAACACCACCACAGCCGGACCAGAAGCAGAGGAUACCUGCACUUCUACAGACAGAUGCAGGGAUUGAAACACCUGCCACUCACAGUACACUCUGCAGGUACAAACAGCUGCCCUGAUUUUGUAAGGGGAAUCCUUUGACUUGUCAAGUAGUGCUCUGUUUUUUCCACAGGGUGGCAGUAAUGCUGUAUAUGUGUUUGUGUGCAGGGAACGUUCUGCUGCUAGUUGUCCUGGCUGCAAGAUUGCCUGGAAAUGUGCAGACCUACAUGCUGGUCAGUGUCCUCGGGCUGGAACUCCUGGUGGGAGUGCCAUGCCUAAUCUAUUACGCAGGUAAAUCAUGGUAUUUAUAUUUCUUACGUCUGAGAUUGCAGAUCCACCUGAUUGUAAGAGAGCAAAACAUUUAGCUAUGUACUUAGAUGAUUUUUUUUUUAUCAUAAUAUAAACCUUAAUUCAUGCACACAGACACUCACAUAUAUAGUGACACAUGCCUUCACCCUUCACAAAACAGACAACAGCUUACCUGCCAAUCCACCUGGUCUGUAGCACCAUUUUUUAUUGUACCAAGAAAAUAAUAAGAACUAGAGAAAGAGUGGAACUAAUAAGAAACAUAUAAACUAUAGAUUUAUGACAGAAGUCAGAUUUUUUUUAAGGGAUAGAGAAGUCUUAAAGUACAAUGAUGUAGAAAAUUUAGACAAAAAAGUGAUAAAUCUUAGCUUAUGUGCUAAAUGUAGCAAGGACUUAAAUAAAUGUAGUAACAGCAGAAUUUGUCUUUAAUACUUCUAUUUCAUCUGAGGGUUUGGGAUUUUUUAAUUUUUUUAUCUUAGAUUUUUUUUAUAUCUCAAGAAAAAGUAAGUGAAGUUCUGUGUUAAGAUUAUAGCCAACUUUUAUUUUCAUUUUUUUUUUUUUUUUGUAUGUUGGAAAAAAAAAACACUUCUCUUUUGUUCACAUUUUGUAUUGGAGGAAUUUACUCAGUUAUUUGUGUCCCUCUGGAAAGGGCUGCCAGAACAGUACAGUGGAAAAACUCGAGUCUCUUUUAGAUCACUUGAUGAUAGGCAAACUUACCAGAUUAAGACUAAUGAAAUUUGUAAAAUCAAUGUUUUAUGUACAUGGGCGAGGAUCUGUGAAUUUCAGUUGUUUUUGUCAUAUUAUCAGUAGUAGUAUUAACAGAAUGUGGGCCACAAAGACUUUUCCUCAAUCAGGUUGCAGAUAAAAGGAAUAAUAUUUUCCUUGUGUUAAAGCAACAGUGCAGCAUAGUUUCUGCUGCAUCAUGGGUGGCAGGUUUAGAAAAUGAGAGAAGCGAGUUAUUGUUGUCUGUAGAGAGCUUCACAAUAAUACAAAGGUCCAUAAUUGAAGUAUACUCCUCAAAUCAAAUCUAGACUCCUACCACAGUCAUCCUAUUAACAGGCCGAGUUAUAUCAGCAGCAGUACAUAGAGAGACACACCCUGUAGAUUACAUUACACAAACAGACACACACACACACACACACACUACCCCCACUCUCUAUCUCAGCACAUUCGCAUCACAAUACCUGCCCUGCCCUUUUCAGACUCGACAGCAUGACAAUCAACCAUUCAACUCUCUGUCCUUUCUCCCUCUCUCCAUCUCAGUGGCUCUCUCUCUCCCUUUCCAUCCCUGUUCCUCUCUGCAGAGCAGUUUUUUUGUGCUUCUGAACACCAUGCAAUCUUUGUUGGAUACCUAUCAGUCAAAUCCCUUUUGUCUCUUUUUCUCCAUCAUAGAAGUAAGGGACAUGUUGGUUAAAUUUAAAUAAUACUUAAUCUGUGGGUAGAGGUCGCCAUGUUGAAAACCACCAGGAAAAGUCAAUCACUCUGAUUUGACACUUCAAGAUGCCCAUUCUUCAUCUCUUCAGUUAACCGAGUUUAUUAUUUUCUUGUUGUAUAUUGCAAAUACAUUUGAUCUCUUUUCUCUGUGCUCACAGCUGUGCAACCAAAAUUAAAAAAAAGAAAAAAUAGAGAGAGAUGACAUAAGAUGACUGAACUUAGGCAAAAACAAGAAGCAGGAAGCACUGUAGUGCAAAAACAGCCAUUCAUCUCAUAAGCUUAGCUAAAUAUCAGGACCCAAGGAGGCAUUUGUCAUUUUAAAUGUGGCAUUAAUGAAGGGAAUCUUGGACAUGUGUAAAAAAGUCACUGAAUGACUCUGGUCAUACUCUGUAAAUUGAGUUCUAUAUUUUAGUUUACUCUUGUGUACCAAACAGCAGUUAAAGGAAAGGAAAAGGUGUGAGUAUACUGUACGUAUAAAUAUAUAAUGUAGAUACUGCAUUGAAUGUUUCGCACAGACUUUCAUCAUCUCAAAAGGCAUAACCCCAUGGACUCAAAAUACCCCUUAGACAAAUUUGCACCACUUGAUGGUCAUAUUUUCAGGCAAUAAAGCUCAAUGACUUCUCUGAUCCUACUUCUAUAGUCCUUAUCUCACCCUGCACUUCACUGUGGUGGGCGGCAAAGAAAUAUCCAAAGAAUGUAUGAAAGACUUGACAUGAAACUCAGUUGAACUUCCCUCCUGUUAAGUUAUGAUCACUUUUGACUUUUCCCCUAUAUUGACAUCUGUUAUUAAAGAAAAAACGUCUACUCUGUCCAUACUGUGUGGCCACUGCCCAGUGAUGAAAACUUGCAGAAAUUCUGGUCUUUCUGUAAAACUAGCAGUGCUGCCAAUAAACACUAUCUUAAUAUUCAACUUCGAUAUCAAACUUUUUGAGUCAUAUCAGUUAUUUUUUAUCAUGCCAGUACUGUCUUUGCAAGCGUGUUAGCAUCUAAACAUUAGCAGUGCAAAGCUAUUCCAAAAAUCUGGACACCUUGACAGAAAAAGUACUCGCUGUCUGGCCUCUAAAAGUUCACUUCCCUCACCACAACUGCAGGUAGAUACUUGAAACUCUGUUGGCAUGGAUGUUUUGCUAGUUCUUUAAAAUGGAAAUAAUAUUCCAAUCAAAAUUACACCAAAAUCUUUACUUUGUUCAGAUUUCUUCUUUCUGUUCUGGCUUUGCUGCAGCAACAGGUCAGUUCUGUAUUUAUGGAUAUCAAAACAUGAAUGAAAAAAGUCUGCCUGAAUUAGAGGAAUCCUCAUCAUGUAGAGAUAAAUCUGCUCAACAGUAGAUUUUGAAUUUAAGGAAAUCUUCACAUUCAAAGUUUGGUUACUGACAGUGAAAAAAGAAGAUAUUCCCUUGACUUUGUGAAUUGUAGUUGACUGCUGUAUGUCUCUGUCUGUAAAGGAAAACUGCUGUUAGAGAUGUUCUGUCAGAGGAUAUUGAUAGAGAAGAAUCUUUAAUGAAAGGAAAUCCAUAUUAAAGCUGUGUUUGGCAGCUGAAGGGCACAGAUGAGGGCCCCAGAUACCAGAGAGGCAGGAGAGAAGAUAAGAGGCAUUAGGAUUUAGCUUAGCCAAAGGGUAGUCCUCGACCUACUCCACCCAAACACACACUUCUACACACACAUUGUCCCUCUGUGUUUACAGUGAGGGUGAUCCAGAGUGUCUGUGGGGGUAUCUGUGAUCGCCGACCGCAUUCCUGUUCAGAUCAGUGCGGUCAGGCAUGAUGCAAACCGAGGGACGCCUCACAGUACAUACUCUUACGAAACACACGCACUCACUCGGAGUGACGCAGAGUCAAGGUGACACCAGAGAGAAAGAAAAACUUCUGAUAGGUGACAGAGAAUCCGAAAAAUAAGGCCUGCAGCUAUGAAGUCCAUACAGGAAGGCCUCGUUCAACUUCUCUUUGAAGUGCAUGCUCAUUGUGAGUGUGUGUGUGCCCGUGUGUGUGUGUCUUUGAGGUUUGCUGUAUGUUUCUGCCUCUCUCAUUUUAACAUGAAUACACUCUCUUCUAGAGAGCUACAUACACAUCAAAGCCAUGCCUUGGCCUUCAAAGGGGUUAACUUUCGAAUACAUCUCUCUCCUCUGUCGGGCCUGUAGUUAGUGUAAGCUGCAGGGCACACAGUUUGCACACACACUUACACACACUUACAGUGAGUCCCUACCGCACACAAACCCUAAAGCCUUGACUGGAGAGACCUAAAAGUGAAAAAUGACGAGCUCAGCAAAGUUUUUUGAAGAUUUUAGUUUAUGAUCAAUUAUUGGCAGCCAGUCUUAUUAGUAUAAUUAAAGUUUAGAUAAAUGUAAGUGAUAUCACAGAAACACACUCAAUUUUAAGUAAAAGCUCUGUAUUAAAAAUGGCACAUUAUUAUUUAGUAGAAGUAGAAGUAUUCAAUACAGAUGAAUGUUUCAUGUCAAUAAAGUUUAUGAUACAAUAUUGGUGAAUAGAGGGUUGAAAAAACUAGAAUAAAUCAGAAAAAAUGUCCAGGAUUGAAUGUAGAUGUUCCUAAAAGAAGGAAAAUUAAAGUUUAUUCAUAAAGCACCUUUUAUAAAUGAAGAAAGUCAAAAGCUCUAGUCACACUGACUGAAAAUUUCCCAGAAUUACACACUAAACAUAUUCUGAUUGACUCAUAUCUUCUUUCAAAUAAAAUCUCCAAUACUGACAAGUGCUGAGGACUCUGAGCGUAGUGGUCUGGUAGAUCAGCAUAAUAGAAAGCACUGUUUGAUAGUCGCCUGUAUUGACCAUCACUGAUUAUUUUCUUGCUCAGGUUCUUCAGCUGCGUCCGCGGCAGAAUCAAGAACAUUAUUCAUUUUUCAGCGUAUCAUAAACUUCAAUUCUCUUCUAACCUCUGUUAUAGUCUUGCGCUACGACUAAAAUGUGAUCUGUCCCCUUUGUUUUCCUUUAUCUUGCGUAACUACUGUCUCUGUAUGCUUGCUGGGAUCCAUUUCCUCUCCGUUCUGUGAUUUUACUUCAUGCUGUGCGUACUUGAGGGAUUUGUAUGUGUUACCGUUAGCUGUUAGCACCUCUGCACCAUCACUGUUAUCACCUGGAAAUGUGCAUUUCUUCUGGGGUGAUCUGAGCUCCUCAGAUCUGAGCAGACUCAGUCUGAGCACUGUCUGUCCAACCCUGUGAGCAUGUGAGAGGCUCUAACAGGAGUGUGUGAAAUGUGUCACCUCCUGUACACGGCUCCCUUCAUCCAUGCAUUUAUCGGUCCAUACUUACUCCCCGGUGUCUGUGUCCAUUUUUGACCCCCUGCUGUAAUACACACAACUCCACAGACUGAGAAGUCUGCCAGUUUGGGUUAUUUAAAAGGAAAGGACAUUUCUUAAAACUCAGAGCUAUGCUUGGAUUUAGAUAUUUAUUUGUAUUAAUGCUUCAUUUUAAUCAAGUUAUCAGUCGAGUGUCACAGAAUGUCAGUUUGUUUUACAAUGGCUGACUUUUGUGUGGAGGAUUUCUGGGCUUUACUGACAAACUUUGAGUUUCCUUAGAUGUACUAAUAAAAUAGUUGAUCCUUCCCCUUAAAAAGUUGCAAGCACUUUCUUAAUACUCCUCUGACUGAGUUCUCUUUGAGCACUUAGGAGUUUUAACACUAAUUCAUUAGGCUUUAAAGGUUUGUUAGGAAUAAAAAUAGAAUCAAUGCUGUGUUUAUUACACACAUUUUACUGACCUGUUUAUAUAAAAAUAUCAUUUGAAUUGGGGGGAGUAUCAAAUUGUGCCAAAACAAGACAAAUAUUGACAAAAAUAAUAAUAUAAACAAAUUAACACAAUCCAAAGUCCCAGAAGAAGUAAGAAAUUCAUUCCCUUAUGUCAGAACAGUGAAAAAACACAUGAAUCUAUCUAAAAUGUAAGAAGAUUUAGAAGAAGAAACAGAAUUGUAUUUACAUGUAGUCUUACUCAUUUGGGCAGUUUAAUGUUUUAGACAGUCCAGACAAAAUUCUACUUCAACAAAAUGUUUGUUGUUAAUCAGAACUAAUGUAUGGUAAAACUUGGCCAUUCUUUUCAAACUUUGUUAUCCCAGAAUUCAUCACAUAUUUUACUAGAAUUACACUAAUUACAGGUUUAAGCAGGUCCCAAAAAGUAAUCUUGAAUAUGUUGCCCGCUGAAAUGACCCGCUGUGAGAAUUGCUUUGUCAUCAUUUACCGAUUUUUACAAACUGAGUGAAACAGACUCGAAUGUUGUGUUAAAACACCCGUUUUACACAUCAAGUGGAUGAAUCAAAGAUGGUAGAAGUAAAAGAAAAAAAUAGAAAUGCAUUGGGUGCAAGAUUAGUUCAGCAGUUCAGUCAUGUGCUCCGUAUUCAGUGGUUUUAGUCUGUGAAGCAGAAAGAUUCCAACUUGCGGCAUUUUUCCACGGCACUCCCCUUCCUUUCUCUCUCAGGUUUUUCUAGUCAUGUAACUGUCCCUGAUUUUAAAAAGGGCAUACAAAAUUAAAUUUAAUCAGAUUAAGCCGUAAAGUGGUGCCCCUUUAGAUGAAAAUAUUGAAAUUGGUGAUUGAAAAUUGUUUAUUUUUUUUUGCAGUGUGUAGAAGUUGCCAUAUACUGAUUUCACUCACUUGAUGAAAUGUGCCUCAUCAUAUUUCAGACAAACUUCAUUUCUCUGAUUCACUGGAAUGUCUCUUUUUUUUACCCUCACAUACUCGCUCACCAUUUCUAUAUUUACACACACACACAAACAAACGCACACACGCUCACACCCACACACUCACACAGGUUUAGGGCCUCAUUAUGCAGGAAUGUGCAGCAUUUCUUUAGAUUGUGUGUGAGUGUGGAUGCAGAGAUGCUGCACUGUAGCAAAGUAAAGAUAGUGCUCUUUAGAACCUCCCUGACAAUUUCCUCUGGCUAAUGACACUCCAGUCUUAUCAAUACUCAGCCUGCUCCUCCCCCUGCCCUUCCUCACACACUUGCCCAGCAAACCCCACACACACACACACCUCCGCCUUAUCUUGAUCCUAACAGCACCCACAUCUCCUAUAUUUUAGGCUCAGGCUCCUCAUCUGGCUUCUGUAAGCCCCACAGCCACACCUUGCUGCCAACCCCACCCCCCUGUGUAAAGGUGUAUGUUUAGGGUGAGAGAAUUAGAGGUUUGAGUGCAGGAUAUGGCAGCCCAUAAGAGCUAAGUGCAGGAUAUAACAGCCUGUGUGUGUUUAGGAGGGCGAGAGGAAUGGAAAACAAUAAAAAAAACAAAUGUGUGCUGUUUCCCACCUGAGUGGUUAGGUUCGCAGGAUCGCUCUCACUGCACUUUGACCUCUCUGUAUUCUUCACGAGCAAGAUAAAAGCCUGGUUUGAUUUUUUGUCUUUGUGGUUGUAGUGAAGGUGAUGCAGUUCAACAGAGAGCGAGCAGCGCCUGACGUCAGCCAAGAAGAGCAUUCACGAAACUUCAGCGUCACCAGCAUGCCGACUGAGACUGGCUUCAGGUACUCAGAGUUCACUGAAUGAUGCAAGUCCACGAAAGCCCAUGAUCAUUGUACUUUCAUAUUGAUCAUAGUGAUUGUACUGUAUGAUCAGAAAGUAAUGAGAGAUAAACACACUGCAGAAGCUUCAUACAAACACAUGCAAACAGAGUUGCAGUGCUGCAUGCCCUGCUGGCUCACAGUGACUCUGUCUCACCUUGGCAAUACCUCUGAGGUGAUGCUUGUGAAAAGGUUGAAUAACUUAUUCACAUAAAUACUUCUUUAGGACAUUCUUUGUGAUACUAAACAUUCUCCACACAGAACAUCACAUAAGGCUGCAGGACGACAGCCAUAAAUGCAAAGAGAAAAUCACAAACACAGUUUCUUAGAAAAAAAACUGGUCCUUCUAUUCUUUCAUAUCAUUCGUAGUUUUUUCUUUUAGUGUGGGACAAAGGCGGAAAAAAAAUCCUCAUUAUAUCACAGAGUAAAGUAAAUCUUUUGUCUCCUGUCAACAGCCUAUGCAACAAAAUCCAAUCUAAAGUUCUUCACAUACAGCCUAUGAGGAAAUAGGAGUCCGGAUAAAACAAAUAGUUUUUAGGAUUUUUUUAAGCUAACUACACCGGCUUAGUGAAAUAAAACAGUAUUGUCUAUUUCUUUUUUACACCAUCAAACAAAAAGGUCCAGGAAAGGACAGCACAUAUGUGGUGCAUCUGCAAAUAGUGCAAAAUAAUUAGGCUGUUUAAAAGUAAAGCGCUGACGUCUGGGUCAGACUUUCUUGCAGUAAACUUUAACAGUGGUAUAGUUGACCUUGUCUGCAGCAAUUGAUUGCCCAGAUUCCAUUUCAUUUCUCCAGCUGGUUUCUCAACGACGAGGCUGAGCAGACAGGCUCCCUCAGUGGGGGUCACACCUACUCUUGAAAAAUACCUCAUACAAUCCCAAUCUAACAAAACAGAAAAAAUUCAACUAACUCUUUAGGGACGAAGAAUAAGAGAGGCUGACGUGGCAUCACUUUUUGACUCCACAUUAGUCUUAAAACCUUUACAUUAUGUAUGUCUGAGUGUAAUUUUUUCUACUCAUCAAGUAGUUUUCGGGUCAGUGUCAAAAAUGUUAAAAAUGUGGUUUUUCCCAAAGAUAAAGCUGGUGUCCUUGGCCCACUCACUAUGCAUUUCUAGCAUACUAUACAAAACAAACCCAACAAAUACUCAAAAAUUGUCCUUUUCUUAGAAAGUAAUCAGUGAUUAAACAAAAACUGCAUAUUGAUAUGAUAGAGCUUAACUGAUUCUUCUUGCUUCUACCUGUCAAUAAUAGAAUCAGCCAGAGAGGUUGUGUGAGAAAAUGUUUUCAUGUUAACUUAAGAAACAAACACUUCAUCCAGAGUAGCACUACUGAAGAGGUAUGUGAGGGGAAACGCUGUGUAAAGCUGCAUAUCGUCUCUUGUGUCACAGGGAGUGCUCCAGUCUGGAGGAGGUGGUGGAGAAGCAAGCCGACCUGAUUGAAUACCUGAAGCAGCACAAUACCUUGCUGAGCAAACGGCUUCUAAACCUCACCGCCCAGCACUGACCUCCUCCUCCUUUUCCUCCAACCUGUGAUCCAGUGGUCACACAAGCCAAACACAAAGGAGAGGGCAUCUUAGGGUAUGAGAGGGGAGCUGAAGCUGGAAGAGACACUGGAAUUAAGAGAAGAAAGUAAGAAAAUCCCUGUGCACUCCAACACCUGUGCGCACACACUUGAAGAUGGGAUGGAGAGUUAAUGCCGGAGGAGGUGAGCUGUAAGUGGAGGGCAGUUAAAGAGGGGAGGUAGAGGGAGGAGGAGGAGGAGGUGAAGGGUAGUCGUGGGUCACAGAUCAGAGGUGAGGGUUUUUUUAUCACUGCGUUACGACCCUCAGUGACCCACGUUUGCUGCUGUUUGUGUUACUGUGAGAGAAAUGGGGGGACGAUUGUUUUAGAGAUCAUCUGCACUAAAGGGGGACUGUAAGAAGAGAGUGUGAAGAGUUGUUCUUAUCAGUCUCCAACAAGAAUGAGAUCGACUUAUGCUGUAAAAUGUCCGCAAGUGCUUUUUUAAGAAUUUUCUCAUGUGUGUAAGUUUCACUGGGUAGUGGUUUGUCUAUUUUUUUUAAUCAUUGAGGUUGUGUAUUUGUUUGUAUGAUUAAAUAAACCUUGAAUAUUCCCAUGUU